GAACGCUUGUGGCACAGAGGUCUUCGUUACUCGAAGGACAUCGUCACCUGUAUACCUUGACAUCUCAUUCAUAUUUCAGUGAGUUGUGAUUGAGAUACUGACUUCUAUGGGGAUCCAAACAUUAGCCCACGUCGUUACUUGCUCUGAGUCGAUCAAGUCGCUAGUUGAGGAAAUUACCCUUUUGACCAAGGGUAAACUCGAAGUUUUGAUCAACUCCGUCGGUGGCGGUCACUAUCAACCACUCCUGCAUCUGGAUAUCGACAAAGCGAAGCAACUCUUUGAUGUAAACGUCUGGGGUUUCGUGGCGACGACCCAAGCGUUCCUCCCUCUGCUGCUUGCUAAUGCCGAACCUGGCAAGAAGGGCCGCAAGAGCGUGGUCGUCAACAACACAUCGAUCUCAUCUGUCUUACGCACACCUUACCACUCAGCUUAUCCAGCCUCGAAAGUCGCGAUGGCCAUGUUCAACGACAUUCAGCGCGUCGAAUUGGAACCCCUGGUCAUCAAAGUCGUGGGUCCUUGAAGUCCAAUUUCGGCGAGAACAAAAGCAACCCGUACUCACUACCCGACGACUCCCCAUAUCAGCCAAUCAAGGACGAAGUGCUCAAGGUAGUCACAGGCGAGACGACAGAGGCUUAUGCGGAGGAUCGUAAGGCAUGGGCGAAGAAUGUGGUCAAGGAUCUGAUGAAGAACCCUGCUAGCCCACCUUCAGAGAUCUGGAGAGGUGGUUCUGCAGGGACGAUUCAGUUCAGCACUACCGGUAAGAUGGAUAGCAUUUUGUCCGAUUACUUGUCAGAUGGGAGCUUCCAGGGGCUUGGAGGUUUAGACAAGUUAGGGAAGCUGCUCGAGGAGAAAAGUAAGGGAUCAUAGAGUGCUUCAUCAACGUGGAGCGGAUCUUGCGAAUUUCUUUGACAAUUUAAUUAUUGACAUGC